AUUGUGCAUCAUCCCUAAUGAUGGGCGUCUUCAGGAAGUUUUUUUUCUUCGUUUCCCUCCCCGCUCCUCGUAUCUUUGAAGGUUUUCCAAGGGUCUAAUCGAUUGAAUCCCUUUCGGUACAGGUCUUGCUGCAUCCGCAGGGCGAGUUCCCCAUCGUCAAGGAGUUUGCUUUUUCGCUGACACCGGGUUUCGAAACAUCCAUAGCUGUCCGCAAACACAUGGUGAGAAGCCUAAGGGCGCCCUAUAAGUCCAAUUGCACCGAAUCGACUCUGCGGGAGUUCCCGUUUAAAUACUCGGUGGCGGCCUGCCACUUCGAGUGUCUGGUUCACUUCGUCGUGGAGCACUGUGGGUGUCGUGACUACAGGUGGCCAGUCAAGGCCCCAAUAUGUUCCGUCGAAAAGCAAGUGACGUGUGUUUACCAUUACGAAGAUGAGUUUGUGUGGGACAGCGGCAACUGUAGUUGUCCGAUGUCUUGUGAGACGACGACGUACGAAAGCAAGAUCUCCCAAGCACAAUGGCCGGCUAAAUAUUUCGACAGAGAUUUACAAGAGAAGUACAACUUGUCUCACCAAUACCUCAGGGACAACUAUGUGGAUGUUUACAUUUUCAUGGAGGAAAUCAUGUUCAUGGAAAUCGAGCAGCAGGAGGCUUACACACUGGAACAUUUCGAAGGUGAUAUAGGUGGAUACAUGGGCUUACUGUGUGGCAUGAGUCUCAUCACUGUAGUGGAGUGGGUGGAUUUCAUCAUCAUCACGAUCUACAAGAGGUUUAUCGGCUCCAAAUGGAUGUGUUCUCGUAAGGUUGGCAACGGAAAUUGA